AUGUUGGACAUGUUAUUACAGGGCCAGUACGAUGAUGUAAGGUGUAAGUGUGUUUGCCCCAAGGAAAAUAACAAAACAACCAGGAUACCUAAUGUUUUUGUUCAAACUGUUGAAGCCAAGGACUGGUAAGUUAAUAAGUUAACUUGCACACCAACUUCUUUUUGUAUGGAUUGUAUAAUGUUGUGGUCCAGUAGACCUCCUAGCCUAGGAUAGGCUCUUUUUUCAAUGUAGGUCAUUUGAUGUUCUCAAAAGAAUUUUUUCCUUUGUCUUUUCAUAAAAUGAUGUGUACAUAAUCUUUGUUAUGCAUGUUUCAUAAGGCAAAAUUUUGAAAGAGUAAACUCACAUGAUCUACACUGAAAUAAAGAAAAAAAGGCAUACAAGCUGAAAGGUCUAUUUUUUCUUUUUGGUUCAAAUUUUAUUAUUUUUUUCCUUUUGGGUGUGGAUAAAACAAUUUUACAUGAGUUUGAAACAGUGGAAAGUGAAUCACCCACUCUAAAGCCCUGUUUAUUGGAAAAAGCUGUGACAGUCCCCGGUAGAGAAGCCACCCUCCCAGCCGAGUGAACUUUAGUGAGCGUUUAUAUGAGAAAAAAGUUGACCCCUUUGCCUGAACCAACAGUGCUCGCACAUAUCUCAUUGUCUGAAACAGUGCCUGUGCAUGCUCUGGUUAUUUCACCUUGAAUGAGCUGACUGGGCUGCACAAGCCAAGUUCUAUAUUGAGAAAAGUUAGCCUGGCCAGGAGGGGUUACCUUUCCAACACAGAAGCCAAUUUUUUUCUCAUGUUAAUGGUUCACCAUGUUUUGCAUCGCUGUGGUUAGGAAAUGUAUGAAAAGUUGGCUUUCCCAGGGUAGUGACCUUUCUUCUUGUUUGUUUGUUUGUGUUUGGAUCAUAACUAUUGCAACAAGUACAUGUAGGUACCUAAUCACUUUUGUGAUGAAAUGUUAAGUCAUAUUCUGUUCUUCUAAUAGCAACUGUGAACAUAUUGUGCAGAGAGAGGAACAAUUUUGCUUAAGAUGUCAGUGCAUGUAUGAAGCCAGGAACACAACUCUCAUCAAGGUCUGUAUGUCUUUGAAUGAAUAUUAGAAUGAGUCAUUACACGUGGAUUGGUUCUUAGUUUUGUUCCUACCUAAGGUGACAUAUUGAAGGUGUGUUUGAGUGUUUGAUUGAUUACAUUUCAGUGUAAGAAGUAAAUAAUAAAUAAAUGAAUAAAUAAAUUACACUUAAAUUACUUACAUAGCGCCUUUUUUCAGUGAUUCCCAAUGGUGCUUUACAAGAAGUGUUUAAAACAUUACAAAAUUAUUAAUAUUGUUCAUAAAUUACAUUAAAUUGAAACAAAUUAAAAAUAGCAAAAUUAACUGACCAAAAAAAAAAAAAAAACGCUGUCACUUAAAACGACUAAAAUAUAAAAGGACUGAUUUCAUAAAAACGCUUUCCUAAAAAGAUAGAAGGCACUGGUAGGUUGUUAUGGUUCUCCUCCAUCUAGUUUUUUGUGUCACCUGAAGGCUCUCUCUCUGGCUCGGGGGGAGGUGGAAGGCUUAAGUCGCCCUAAUUCCAAGCAAGAAGUAAAUUGAAUAAUGAUGAAAUAUUUAAUGCAGUUAACUGCAAUGUACAGAGUUGAUAACAGGGAACACUAGUCUCUCCUUUUUGGUCAACAGGACCUAAAUUCUCAGCCAAAAUUGUUGGGGUACUUCCCUAUCUUCUCACCCGCUCAAUGAUGGUGUACAAGAUUUUGUGCAAUAAACAAUAUUGGGAGGUAGAGGAGACAGGUGAGAAGGAAAAAUUAUAAGCGUUCGGUGGAAGUGUCCCAACUGUUUUGUCUGGCACCAUAGACUGCUCUUGGACCUGUCUGUGUUGUAGUGUUUAGGCUUUUUGGUGAGCAACUCGUGGGCAUAAGCUUUUUUUUCUUGAGAGUUUGUGUUCUUUCUGUACAAUGUCCCGCCUUUUCUUCCCUACGUCUUUCCACUAUUUUAUCACUGCGAUGGGUGCCUGCUCUCUCUCCUUCAUGCAUGGGGGUGCAUAGAGGGCUGUGUAGACUGUUCACAGUCCCCUAUUUAACACUCAUUGCCAGGCUAGACUCGUAAAAUUUGAAACCAAGAUCGCAGCCUGCAACGCAAAGUGCUCUAUCUCAACAAUCUUGCGAAAAAACAGGGGACUGUGAACAGUCUAAGGGCUGUGGAGGAAGUUUCCAUCUAGAAUCUGAUUGCCAUGCCAGUAAUGAAAUUUCUUGGAUCUCGAGGGCACCAAAACAUCCAUCAUGGGAGGCAUAUGUUAACAAGAACAAAAGAAUGGUUAAAGAUACUGUAUGUAAAAAUACUUUUUAGCUUAGUAUUCCUGUCCUUGUUCUUUAUCAGUUUCUCAUUGUAUGAAAUAUCUUGUACAUACACAGGUGGUGAUUAUCUUUAUCCUUGUUGUACUUGGAAUUUUGUGUAUCUACCUCUUAUAUCUGUUUAUCGACUCUAAACGGAGGCCAGUGGAAUUAAGUGUGACAGCAGACGAGGUGACUAGCAUUUUAAUAUUAUUCUAUACAUUUUGCAUUUACAGUGCAAUUUAAUACACUUUUUAAAAGCAGACAAUGUAACAAAGAAUGCCUUUGAAACAUAAAUUUGUUCUUGAGCUUUUAGUAGCGUUAAAUCAGUAGUGGACACUUAUUGGUUAUGCAGUAUAUACCUACAUGUCUGAUUAUAAAAUUAUGUAGUAAGUGUGACGAUGAGGAUUGUAUAUUUUUGGAUUGAUUAUUAGUGAGUUAAAGUCAUCUUUGAGUCAGUGUGACUUUCAUUGUAUAAUUACAGUAGCAGAAAAGUGUUUGGAAUUUUGUCAAAAGACCUUAUUUACAAUACUCGCCAUCUUUGCAUGCUCUUUAUAAGUUUGGCAAAUUUUAUCAUUCACCCCCUCCCCGAGAAACCACAUGACACUGCUUUUAUCCCAUCAGGCCUUGAGCGCAUGAAAAGAUGUUGUGAAUAAGGUCUAUUUUUAAUAUUUUUGAUAUUUUGCACUAGGUACAAGAAAGACUACGGGCAACCCGGCUUAGAGGGGGAAGCAUAAGAAAGUUUGAUGAAAAGAUGGCAAAAUGGAAGAAAACUGUAGCAGAGCAAAGGAGAAAUAUAUACGAUACAAGAACCAUGCUGAGUUAGAUAAACUGCCAAGCAGGUCACACCUACCCCAAGCUCCAAAUAUCAGGUCGCUUUUUACUAGCAUUCCUCCAUUCCCAGGGGCAUAGCUAGGGGGAACCUUGGUGCCCGUGCCAUCCCCCCCCAUGCUGUGAGAUAAUGGUUUUACGUCCCUUUAAUUCAGUUGGUGAAAACACAGGAAUCGGUAGAAUCAACAUGCAAUAAAUCCUUUCCUGUGCUAGAUAGUUACAUACUCCAUUUGCAGGACUGAACAUCUGCAGUGGACCAUGUUUUUUAGUAGGCUUGUCCCUCCCCCACCCCCCAAACGCUCGGUGCUCACCCACCACUUUUAGUAAAACACGGCAUAGAUGUUGACAAGCCAAUCUGGUAAGUACCCUCGGUGUGACACAGUGUGACGCCCCCCCCCCUUCCCCUUUGGAAAAUCCUAGCUAUGCCCCUGUUUCCCUCUGCACCGUGGUCAUAACUAGUUAAGCGUCACACCUCUCUCCCCCACAGCUGGAGGCCUCUUUGUGUCGUACAGAGGCUGGGGAGAGGGAAAAGAGAAAGUGUGCGGGAGACCAUGGGAAGGGCAAGCGAGGCUCGCGCCUCUUCCCACCUCCCAUUGUCCCAUGCGCAACUUCUAUUUUUCGGUUAUUGCUUUAUUUAUUGGGAUACCCAGCAGAAGUUUUUGCUGAAGAGAGAGUCACAACAUGGUUCUGUUCAUUGCUAAUUAUGAGGCUCCACUAGAAAUUGAAAAUUGGGGAGAAAAUUUAAUGUAGAAUUCAUUUGUAUCUGUAUCAACCUCGUCCCCAGUGCUUUUCCCUAAAAAAAUGGAAGGGGUGCCCGCCCCUCUCUUUUUUUUCAGGGAAAAGCCCUGGGGACAAGGUUGGCAUCUGUGUAACUGUUGCGUAUGGUGUUUCAGGGCGAUCUCAGCCAGUGUUCUUUGUUUUUAUUGUUUUCUCGGUUAAUAGAAUACAAAGUGAAAAGACAAAAAAGUCCAAGAUUUUGUCUCGUAUGUAGCAACUUACAAAUGUAUUGUACAGUAAAGAACAUGAACAACAAAUGAGUGUACAUAAUUGCAAAAUUUGCAAUAGUGACUUUUCAAGCACAAAAAAAUUUAAGCUGUAAACGUACUUCGUAUUUGUUGCAAAAACGGCUAAAUUGUCGUUAGAUAUAGACGCAGUACAAAUUUAGGCUCUGACGCAUAUUACGCCUAAAUUUUUUGUUUAAUCAAAUGCAGAUUGCUGCAAAUGAAGCCGUCAACAAUUUAGUAGAGACCUUAAUUAAGAUACACCUCCUCUGACCCCGAUAAAUGGCUAGGCUACUGUAGCUGGUACUGGUCAGACUGAUGAUGCCGUGGUUGCAUUUCCACAUCUAGCCAGUUACGAUCGCCUUUUUAGUUAUAUAUAAUUACAUGGCAAACGUGUUGGCGAGUCCCCAUACCAGAAGGGAGAAAGGGUAGAUCCGAGUCAAGUAAACCCAUUUCAUUUCGUAGUAUUUUUUGAGAAAGCAAUUCUGU